AUAUAACAAAAAUUUCCCAAAGGUACAACCCUAGAAAGCGCGCACACAGGGAAGUUUGAUCAAUGGCGGAGAACUAGAAAAAUUCUAUCUCCAUUUGCCGAGAAUGGCGUCCCACAUUCAUUUCGCUACAGAGUCAUCCAACUGAUCUCAACUACAAAUCCUCAUGACAAUGGUACCCAGUGAAGAAGAUAUAGUGGUGGGAAAGAGAAAGGAGCAAGAGCAUAGUGAGUCUGAAAGGAGUAGGAAAAAGAAGAGGAAGCAAGAGGCUGCACCUCGUCCAGCUUGCUCUUGGGUGCAUUUUAGUCGAGAAUUCAUUAAGGAGUACACUGCUUCGCAUCCUGAAUCUUCUGGCUUAAAAGUCGCCACAAAAGCUGCCUCAGAUGCUUGGAAACUGAUGAGCCCCGAUGAAAAAGCCAAAUACACUAAUCGUGCCCGUGAGGUGUGGGAUAAGUACUUGAGCACUACCCCUGCUCGUGUUGUUAAGCCGAGAAGACAGACCAAACUAGUUACAAGGUGCUCUCCUGGUCGUUUGCUCAAUGUUUUGCAACGACUCACUCCUGACCAGAAGGAUGCUGUAAAAAGCAUGGGAUUUGGAAGCAUCCUUAAUCUCAGAUGCCGAACUCUGCGCCGAAGUUUAUGUCUUUGGUUACUAGAGAGGUUUAACACUGUCCGGCGCAGUUUGGAAAUUUGUGGUGAGCGCAUUCCUUUGACUCCCCAGGAUGUCGAACUUGUGAUGGGAUUGGCAUCUAGUGGGAAGGAUGUGGUGAAUUCAGGACCUGAUGAUGUGAUUACUGAUUUGCGUAAGAAAUACAAUGCGACAAAUCGUGGGAUCUCGGUGCGUCUCUUGGAGGAGCGUUUAUCAGUUCCAGAAGCUGGAGAGGAUUUCAAAAGAUCUUUCCUCCUUUAUGUAUUAGGUACUCUUUUAUGCCCCACAGCAAGACUGGAUGUUAGUCCGUCCUUCCUCCACUUCUUGACAAACAUGGACGUUGUCCACCAGUAUAACUGGGGAAAAUUCUUACUGGACCGGCUAGUUCGGGAAGUAGCCCGCUUUCGUCAAGGGAAGCAACGAGCGGUUGGUGGUUGUCUUUUGUUUCUCCAGCUCUUUUACUAUGAGAGUGUUGCCGUUGGAGAACCAUCUGAACUAGCCCCUGCUGUUUUUCCAUGCUUAUCCUCUUGGGGUGAGGAAGAAAUCAGUGAGAGAGAAAAGCAAGAGCGAGAGCUCGGUGGUUAUGGCUCUGGAGAGGUGGUUUGCAAGGAGAGAGGCCUUGGAAUGGGACCACUGGGUUAUAGGACCCAAGCUGACCGCGACCCACUGAUAAUAAGGUUACCUGGGGAUGAGUAUUGCCCUCAACUGGAGCAAGAUUUGCAUCAGGAUGGUGAAGAUCAUCUUGAAGGGGGUAUCAUUACGGCAGAGGAUGAUAUUCUCAUCAGUGGAAAUGAAGGCUGUGCUGUCUCUAUGGAUAUUGAAAUUGCUGAUCCAGUUAGAGCACCAUGUCGAAAUGCUCAGUAUGGAUGUAUAGAAAUUGUGGACUGCACAAAGAGAAAAGAACACGAAGAGAUCUGCAUCUGGGCUCCCUGUGCUUGCCCUAUUCGCAAAUGCAUAUUCGUUGGCUCGUCUAAGCAGUUAUCAGAGCACUUCAGCAGUAAACAUUGGGAUUCUGGGAGGCGAUUUGAGUAUAAUAGUCCUUUGCCAGUUACCUUAAACAAGAACGAAUCUAGCCUUGUUCUACAAGCAGAAAAAGAUGGUAUUCUCUUUCUUCUCAACAAAGGAACGGAGAGUAUUGGGCAUACAGUCAUGAUAACUUGCAUCAGCCCGAGUUCGUCAAAAGAACAGUUUUUAUAUGAUCUCGUGUCUGAAAGAGGAGAUAGCUGUCUCAGAUUGAAGUCGUAUACUAAUAAUUACCCCGGUCGAGUUGAAGGAUCUCCUCCUGUGGAUUUCCUUCUGGUGCCAUAUGGUUUUAUCAAUUCGACUGGAUCGUUAGAUCUGGAGGUUUGCAUAUGGAACUCGACAGAUUUAGGAGCCGAUUGAUCUGGAGGAGCUCGUCGUCUCUCCCUUUUAGGAAAUGUAUUUACUUGCUAUGUGCACUCCUAUCCAAGUUUGAAAGGUGGUGCGGGUGAUUUAAGGGCUCUAAUGCAUACUGAAUAUUCAGAAGAGUAACAAUUCACUGGAGAAGAAGGGUAUUUUAACGUGAAUUGUUUUUUUUUUUUUUUUUUUUUUUUUUUUUUUUUUUUUUUUUUUUUUUUUUUUUUUUUUUUUUUUUGGUGAUUUUAAAGAUCACUGAUAAAAAAGCUUGUAUGGCCAAAGUAUUUUGACUAUCUUCGCAAUUGUUGCAAUAUAAAUUCUAUAUUAUCUUAGUAAA